AGCUUCACGGGCGGAGCUGCUGCUUCGGGCGGUGUUUAAACAUGUCGCGCCUGAAGGGAGUAGCGAGGCCAGAUCCUCGAGCGGGUUUCAAAGCUGACGCGAAGGACUGCGGUACCUCAGUACCGCAGGGGCUGUUGAAGGCGGCGAGGAAGAGCGGCCAGUUAAACCUGUCGGGUAGGAACCUCAGUGAAGUGCCUCAGUGUGUCUGGAGAAUAAAUGUCGAUAUCCCUGAGGAAGCUAAUCAGAAUCUUACAUUCGGUGCUACUGAGCGGUGGUGGGAGCAGACAGAUUUGACCAAACUAAUUAUAUCAAACAAUAAACUCCAGUCACUUACGGAUGACCUCCGACUCCUGCCUGCAUUGACUGUUCUUGAUAUACAUGAUAAUCAGCUGACAUCCCUUCCUCCUGCUAUAGGAGAACUAGAAAAUCUUCAGAAACUUAAUGUCAGCCAUAACAAGCUGAAAACACUCCCCCGAGAGAUUGCAAACCUGAGGAACCUGAAGGGCCUGUAUCUCCAGCAUAACGAGCUCUCUUGCAUAUCAGAGGGAUUUGAACAACUUUCCAGUUUAGAAGAUUUAGAUCUUUCGAACAAUCGUCUUACAACUGUUCCUGCUAGUUUUUCUUCUCUGUCUAGUCUGGUGCGACUCAGUCUUUCCAGUAAUCAGUUGAAGAGCUUGCCAGCAGAAAUAAGUAGAAUGAAAAGACUGAAGCACUUGGACUGUAGUUCAAAUCUCUUGGAAGCUACACCUCCUGAACUAGCUGGCAUGGAAUCACUGGAAUUGCUUUAUUUGUGGAGGAAUAAAUUACGUUUUCUACCAGAAUUUCCUUCUUGUAGGCUACUGAAGGAAUUGCACGUGGGUGAAAACCAGAUUGAAGUGUUACAGGCAGAGCAUCUGAAGCAUCUGAAUUCUAUCCUUGUGCUAGACCUGAGGGAUAACAAGUUGAAAUCUGUUCCAGAUGAAAUUACACUAUUACAGUCUUUGGAAAGGCUUGACCUAAGCAACAAUGAUAUUAGUAGUCUGCCUUAUUCAUUGGGAAACCUUCAUUUGAAAUUCCUUGCACUAGAAGGAAAUCCUUUAAGAACCAUUAGAAGAGAAAUUAUAAAUAAAGGAACCCAAGAAGUCCUAAAAUAUUUACGAAGCAAGAUCAAAGAUGAUGGAUCUAGCCAGAGUGACUCUGUCACUGAGACUGCAAUGACACUGCCAAGUGAGUCCCGGGUCAACAUACACGCCAUCGUCACACUAAAAACAUUAGACUACAGCGAUAAGCAAACAACUUUGAUUCCUGAUGAAGUUUUUGAUGCAGUAAAGAGCAACAUCAUCACUACUGUUAACUUUAGUAAGAAUCAGCUGUGUGAUAUUCCAAAAAGGAUUAUUGAACUAAAGGAAAUGGUUUCUGAUGUUAAUCUCAGUUUUAAUAAGCUUUCCUUUGUGUCCUUGGAGUUUUGUAUGCUUCAAAAACUGACAUUUUUGGAUCUCAGGAACAAUUUUUUAAAUUCUUUGCCUGAAGAAAUGGAAUCAUUAAUAAGACUACAAACAAUAAAUCUUUCCUUUAACAGGUUCAAAGUGCUGCCUGAAGUUCUAUAUCGUAUCCUUACACUUGAAACAGUUCUGAUUAGUAACAAUCAGAUUGGAUUUGUGGACCCUCAGAAAAUGAAGACCAUGGAAAAUCUGACCACCCUGGACCUUCAGAAUAAUGACCUCCUCCACAUUCCACCUGAACUUGGCAAUUGUGUGAACUUAAGAACAUUACUACUAGAUGGAAAUCCGUUCCGCGUCCCUCGAGCAGCCAUACUUAUGAAAGGGACAGCUGCUAUACUGGAAUAUCUGAGAGACCGGAUUCCUAUUUAAGUUGGAGUCAUUUCUUAACGCUAGUCAUGUUGAUUCUUAAAAGAAUGUAACAUUUUGUUUUAGUAUUAUCUUAACAAUGAUUGCUAUCAUUGAUCUUAGAGGUCCCUAGUAUCACCUAGCCGUUUGUAUAACUGGCCUGCGCCGUGUUCUCUGCCACUAAGUAUUUUUACAUUAAUGACUAUUUAGCAUUUUGUGAGGGUGUUGUAUGUGAUAUGUGCUCCACAUAGCAUGCUCAUAAAUUUGUUAUGAAUGUUUUACAUAGUUUUUAUCCCAUUUAGUUUCAUUUUCUUAUAGCAAGCAGUUUCUUCAAAAGUUAAUUUUUAUUUAAUGUGAUUUAAUGUUUUUAUAAUAUAGCAUUUUUGUAGAACUGUUUUUUAUUUCUUUUUAUAUUCCAUGUAAUGUGACCAGUUGACUUGAAUAUGACUAUUCAGUGUCUACCUUUUACUUACAUAUAAAUUGAAAUUAAUUUUACUGAAUACUGUUUUUUGGCAUUUAAAGAAUAAGACCUUUCAUUACUCAUGAUAGGAUUUUUAUCAUAUGGUUGUUCUCAGUACAAGUUUUAACAGUCACUGUCUUGUUUUAAUCUAGUUAAAAUGUUUCUCUCCUACCUCUCAGGCAUUAUCAAUUCUGAUAAAAUGAUUUCAUAAAACACGGGGGAAAACCUAGCUGUCAUUUUCCAUCUGAUAAAACAGUAAUGAAGUAAAGGGGAUUGCUAAUGUCACAGGAAUGCUAUUCAAGAUAC